AUGGCACUAGUUCCUGAAUUGUACAAGCGAACACGCGCCGUCUCCGGUGACAGCACAAUACGUCCCGUGCGUGACGCUGUAGGCCGUGUGGUCUUCGCCGUGUGGUGGCUGGCGGUACUCGUGCUGAUGAACUCUUUCCAAGGAACCAUGAAGGCCAGCAUGAGUGUCAAGACGCCCACCGAGCGCCUGGAGACUUUCCGUGAUGUCGCAGAGAGACCUUACCUGAAGCCCAUCAUCAUACGAGGAACAACGUUCGAACAUCAGUUCCAGGUGUCUCCAGAACCGGAGUUACAGAAGAUUCUUUCCACGGCACGCAGGCGACGAUCAAUUCUGCCAGCUUCAGUCGUCUUCACGCGCCAGAUUUUUGACGAGAUGAUUGCUGAGCGCUCCAUCAUUUUCAUGGAAGAUAACGUCAUGCAAAACUACAUCGCUGCACUAUAUCCGCAGAAGCCAGGGCAGGGCCUGAUCUACCCUUCAAAGCAGCACACCAUAUCUGCCCAAUUCUGCAUGUUCAUGCGUAACACUCUUCAGCCCAGAUUCAAGAAACUGUUUCACACAAGAUGUCGCUGGAUGCACGAGUCUGGACUAACGGAGCGUAAGCGCUUGCAGCUGCAGUCUCGUUCCUGGUACCUCAUGCGCCCAGCGUCAUCGCAGGUGCACUCGCUGUCCUCCGAAGAUACCGCAGCGCUUUUCUACAUGGUGAUGCUGGGCCAAGCCGUAGCGCUUUCUGUUUUUAUCGGGGAACUGCUAUUGCACCAUUGCAUUUGCCGGAAACGGUAAUUACGUGUACGAUAACUUAGGACAUAGAGCGUUUUCAUUUUCACGUGCGUGAUUGCAAUACAUUCGAACACUUCCGCCUCACUGACCGUGUCGGUUCAAGGAAUAUACGCUUCAAGGCUUAUACAGUCUAACAAUCAGUUCACUGCUUGCGGAUGCUAAUGUUGAAUGCUUGCAGAUUGGCUCCAAUUGCACUGCAACUUGUCUAUUGGUUUACUGGUGGGAGUACGUCGACAUCGCUUCAAAAAUAGUGAUUGUGUUCCGUGAGUCUAAUGCUGACGCAUCUCUUGCUUCAUUCCCCGUAAGACUAUCCGCACGUUAAAAGCAAUCGGUAAACGACAGCGACUCAGCCAUGCACGUAGCACUUGUUAUUGUUCAUUUGACGUCCUCCUGAGCCCAUUAAUAUAAUUAAUAAUAUAAACAUUUCUUCAUUCGCCUGAGGUGAUGCUGCUGUGCGCAUUUACCUGUUCCAUUUGAACAAACACUAGGAUGGUGUCUAAAUCAACGCUGCUACUACCUUUGCCUGUUAGUAAUAGAAACGUCUUUCGAUGGCUAUGCUUUUGCAGGCUGCAAUGCCAGAGCCCAUAACGGAACCGAAAAGACGUCAUAGCCGCCAUGUUAUAGAUAUAUCACACGUCAGUUUUUUGGGUUAAUGCGAUACCGCUUCCCGAGUAGAACUCCCUAUGAAAAGGGAUCUUAUGCCGCUACAAGCUUUUUGGGUGUGAGAAGGUUGUGCAGACUAGACAAAGCAGGCGUUAGCCAUCCUUUAAGCUCACAGAUAUUGUUUCUAUGCACGUGUGAUUGAACUGGGCGAUGUGUUCUACCGAUGUUCUAUGUUCCCUGAAGUUGGGUGUCUCCUUACUCAUUCCUCGUGUUUUUUUAAAAAUAAAUUCCCGUUCAAGUAUGCGCCAGAGUGUGUUUUGUUCCCUAUUCUUCGUUUGAAUAGGCAAAAAAAAUCGCAAUAAACUCGCCUAGCUGUGAACUCUAUUGAUACAAAUUUCUCGUACACUAACUUUGUCGAAUGCUUUAUUGCUCAGUUUUCAAGCCCUGCGACAGUCACAGCUCUAACAGCGAUGUGUGUAGAGAAUGCAAGUAGGUCUAGAGUCGUACCAUAACCAAGGUGCUUCACCUCGUAGCACUCUGGCAAUUUUCGGGGUUCUAGAUUUGGCCAGUGGUGAUCCCAAGAUUAUUUGAAGAACUUUGGUUAGAGAGUGACAGAAAACAAUUAUUUUUCAGAGGGACGUUCUACGUGUGACGUGCGAGGGGAGUACACGUCGGUCGUCGAAGCAUCAAUACCGCGCUGCUGACCAGGCUUGGGAAUUCAUUUGGAAUUCUUGCGUCAGCAGCUGCCCCAAAACGCUCAUACGCAAUGUUAAGAGAAAAGUAAACAACGCCACUCGUCUUCGGCUUCGAAUAUGCAUAAGGUGUCCCUUAUGGGCCCGUAUUGCGGUGAACACUGUACACUUAUCAUACUAGGAUGUGACUUUUGUUAUCAGUAACACCUGCGCCAAACUUCGCUUGGUAUAUGCUGACCGUGUGCUUUACGUUAACCUUACUAAUCUGGACGACUAAGUCACGCAGAACAAUGCUUUCGCUACGUUUUGCCAGUGGAGCCAUACCUGGACACCCGUCAAUUAUUAAAAUACAGUGUCCGUGAAUUUCACCUCCAAGAAAAAAGCCUUUGCACUUUACUUACACUAACGGGAACAAUUAAGUGGAAAGCGUCAAUGAAUUCAGGUAUCGUGGAAUCACUUUCACGACUAAUCUAAAAUGACAUAAGCAUCUUAAAUUCAUCUGUUCAAGAGAACUUUAAAAACUUGGUUACCCAAGACGCAGGCUGAAAAUUUCCCACUAUACAGUAGAUUCACGGCCCACAGAUCACUCAUCAGAGCUAUCCUUGAAUAUACUGAGCAAUUUAUGAUUAGGUUUCCCAAUAUCAUUAUGUCCUACAUAAGCUUGAUUCCGUGAAGAAAAAAAUGACCUGAAUGAUAUAUGACAGGUACGAUUGCCAUUUCUAACCCUCUUUAGGUUACUAGCUUAAAGUUACACAUAUGAACGCCUUGUCAUGCUUCGUCGAACUGUUAGCAAUUCUGUUCACAACGUCGUUCCUAUAUCUUAUGCCACCAUCUAUGUGCGCACAACCAGGCGUACCGACCCUUUAAGCAUUGCCCCACUCAGAUUGCAGCUGGAGUGGUCCACAGUUUUCUUCAUUCAGCAAAAAAGUGAUAUGUGAAAUAAUCUUGAUGAUUUUAUUAGAAAGCAGCCCACGUAUUCGUUUUUGCAUGGAUUGCUAAGCCAUAUUCUAUUUUAGUAUUUUGUGCAUAUUACUUGUCCUUUAUGUGAUCCUGUUCAAUUUUGCUGUAAAUGUGUUCUUGUGACAUUCUGCAAGUUCUUGAGCUGGCCCGCGCUGUUAUGUGUAUGUGCAUAUCUGCAAAUAAAUA